GCAAGAAAAUAUGAAUCAGAGAGACAUAUGGGAGUGUGAUGAAGAUGAUCUUUUCUAUGCUGAACUCAGAAGGCAGGUCUUGGUACUGACAGCAGAAGAUGAUGAAGAUUGUCAAGAAAACAGACAUCCCAACACUGGAAAACUUUCGCACCAAAAUUUAAACUUCAGCCAUGUUUCAAAGCUGCAGCCAGGAUGCUAUUACAACUGGUUAGGCAAUGAUGAAACAGAAUCAGCACCGACAUGGCUCUUCAACUUGUGGAAGCCUGGGAAUGGGACUGGAGUUUUCAUUCCACAGAUUAUCAAGUCCAGAAGAAGAUAUAGGCCAAGAAAGAAGAAUAACGAAAGAGGAAGAAAGUACAAGCCGGUUGCCAAUGUGCAAUGAUUGUGUACCUGUUUUCUUUGAUAGGUAUAUAUGAAAAGUGUACCCCAUGCUCUCCAAUGUAAAUAUAACUUUGCCAAUACAGGGAUUGAUUAUCCAUC